AUGGCGCACCCCUUUCCUGGGCUCAGUCGUCCUAGUAUUCGGUCCAAGAUCUACCAGUACAAGGCUCCGGAUUACAGUCCUUGGCAACGAUCGAGUCAGAAAACUGCUCUACCACCAGUUCAACCAAACAGCGGCCACAAGAAAAGCAAAAUGAAGAGUUUGGCUAGCAUGCAGAAAGACCGCUCUGACGCGAAGACAAUGGGAACCGCCGCCCAGCUCGGCCGCCUUUACCAGUCGCGGCCGCGAGGGGGCGAGAGCCUGGCGGGCGGGCGGGCGCUGGUCCCCAGGCCCCGGAGACCCCCGCCGGCCGCGCGCAGCUGCCUCCCUCCGCUCCGCCCGCAGAUGGUGCUCAGGAGCCGGCGCACCUCGCUCCAGCAGCUCGAGAACCUCACGAAGUUUCUCAUCCAGAGCAACCAGGACCUGGUCAAAACGAUCCAGGCCACAGAGGACACCACGGCCCGGAAGAUGCGGGAGAUGCUGCAGCAGCAGGACAUCCUUGGAAAAAUUGUAGGCGUCUCGGAGCAGUGGAACAAGAAGAGCCUGGAGGAGCUGUGGUGUGAGCUCCAGGAGUGGGAGAAGAAGGAGGAAUAUAAGAUACGCUGCCUGGAGCAGCAGGUGGAGCAGCUCAAUGCCAAGGUCAAGGAGACCCACUAUGAAGUGAACUUCUUGAGCACUUACAUGGACCACGAAUAUCCUGGCAAGUUGGUCCAGAUUGCCACCCUUCUGCGCCAGGUCCAGCAGCUGAAAGACAUCCAGCAGGACGAGUUGGAUGAUCUUAGUGAGAUGUGGAGGACAGUCCAGAAGUCCUUCUUCGAUAAGAUUCGGAGGAGGGAGGAAGAUGUCCUCAGAUCCCUGGUUCUGAGACUCCUGCGACCCCAUGAGGAGAUCCUUAUGCAGAAUUCCUGGGAUAACCAGCUUUUGGGGAUGUGUGCCGACAAAUUCAGAGAGUUUAUUGACCAGUCUACGGAGGAAAUGCCCGUAUUAAAGGCCCAGGUGCAACAUCUCCAAGCCCAGGUCCAGAGACAGCGAGAGAUGGUGUUUGAGGAUGUCCUGCUGCGGAGACGCAAGUGCACCCCAGAUAUGGAGGUCCUCCUCGACAUCCCGGUGGAAGAGGUGCUGCCCUUCUAG